AUGUUAUAAGAAUAUGGAUUAACAUAAGAAUAAUUGACUAAAUAAAUUAUUAUUGGAUUGGCACAUCCAUAACAUAUACAAUUUUUCUAAUAGAUAAUUACAAUAAAUGAGUAUAAGAUAUUCGGAAAAUAAAUGUAAUAGGUAUUUCUAUUUUAAUAUUAAUUAUACACUUUAAUAUUGUAUUUCUAAUUAAUCAAUAUAAUAUAAAAUAGAAAAAUAUAAUAGUUUAUAAAAUAAUAAUAAUAAAACAUAAAUAAUUAGUAAUAAAUCAUAAUAUAUUUAAGAUAACUAGCUCCAUAAUUUGAUUAACAAUUUGAAUUGAAUUUUUUUAAAAUAGAAAAAGAAAAGGCUGAAAUAGAAUUGGCUAUUCAAAAAAAGUAGAAGAUGAAUAGAAACAUCUUAAGGAAACAUAAAAUGCGGAUAUAUGUUCAAAAAAAUAAUAGAAUAAAGUUUAAAUGAAUAUAAGUAUCUUUUAUUCUUUAUUUAUUAAAAGUGAAUUAUAAAAAGUCUGGACAUUGUUUAACAGAGAGAAUUUGAACUC